CAGCAUCACAGAGCUGCCCUGCUGCUCCUCACACACACUCCGGCCAGCCGCUCCUCACACACACUCCGACCAGCCGCUCCUCACACACUCUCCGACCAGCCGCUCCUCACACACUCUCACCAUGACGAAAACCAACGGCUGCCUCCGCGGCAUCUUCCUCGUCUUCAAUGCCAUUUUUGCGGGUAUUGGAGGUCUGAUGGUGUACGGGACGAUAAAGGCCACCGCCUUCAGCAGCCAGCUGGCGUCCGUGGGGGGUCCCAGCCUGGCCUGGAGCUGGAUCAUCUCCAUCGCCAUCGUCGGAAUCGCCGCCCUGGGAAUGUACGCCGGCAAAUACGAGAGCGCCAUCGCGCUGAAAGUGUUUGCAGGUUUCAUGGGCGUGUCGAUGGUCAUCAUGUUGGUCUGCGGCAUUAUCGUGGUCGUCGGCAAGAACAAGCUCGCGGACGCCUUCAGCGAAUCCUCGCCGGAGAUCCUUGAGGCGGUCAUGGACGAUGAUUCGAUGAAGGAAGCGCUGGACGAGCUGCAGCUCUACGGUCACUGCUGUGGGGUCUGGGAGCCCAGCGACUGGGGCAACAACAUCCCCUCGUCCUGCGACUGCAACCACAGAACCAAAGGCCUCGACCUGGGACUGGGACGGGCAAAAUGCACAUCCAAACCCAUGGGUUCUACGGGACCCAGUCAAAUCUACUCACGGCCCUGCAAAGACGUGGUCAUCGUUUUGUGUAACAUGGUGCUGAACGUUGCCAUCGGUCUCUGCUUCGGGUUUGCCGUCAUUGCUCUCCUCGGCCUGCUGAUCUCCCUCCUGAUGGUGCACCAGAUCCAGCGCUACGACGGCAUGGGCAGAAUCGCCAUUCCCAUGAAAGGCUUCUAAACCGUUUCUCUUCGAAAAAA